AUGACUGGUAGAAAUCUAGGGCCCUAUUCCACAUGCAUCAUGAGGAUAUUAUUGUUGACGUGUUAUAUCUUUGCCCUGGGAUACGGGUUUGAGCUUGACUUCAUUGAGCACGACGAAGAGCUAGAGGAUGGUUUUAGUUAUGGAGACGGCUGGAAUACUAAACAAGGACCAAUUUUGGAAUAUGACGAAUUUAAGAACCAAAAAACGUUGAAAUGGUGGAGCGAUAGUUCCAGCAGCAGCGAUUCCAGCAGCAGCAGCGAUUCCAGCAGCAGCAGCAGCGAUUCCAGCAGCAGCAGCGAUUCCAGCAGCAGCAGCGAUUCCAGCAGCAGCAGCGAUUCCAGCAGCAGCGACUAUAGUAGCGACUCCAGUAGCGACUCUAGUAGCGACUCUAGUAGCGAUUCGGAUUCGGAUAGCGACAAAGAAGAAAAAUUCAAAUGUCCGCGCAAUGGUAGAUUUGUGAAUCUAGAAGACUGUAGGUACUACUGGGAAUGCCAUGGACGCAGACAGUGGUAUAGAAGGUGCCCUAGUGGAACGUAUUUGAACGAAAGAACACAGUACUGUGAUUUCCCUCGAAACGUACCGGAAUGCUACGAUGGACCAACUCCAAUACCAACAACUCCGUCUCCCACCACUCCCGAACCGACCACUUCGGAACCAAGCACUCCAGAACCAACCACCCCUGAACCAACCACUCCUGAACCAACUACUCCAGAACCAACCACCCCUGAACCAACCACUCCUGAACCAACUACUCCUGAACCAACGACUCCAGAGCCAACGACUCCAGAGCCAACGACUCCAGAACCAACCACCCCCGAACCAACCACCCCCGAACCAACCACCCCCGAACCAACCACUCCUGAACCAACUACUCCAGAACCAACCACCCCUGAACCAACCACUCCUGAACCAACUACUCCAGAACCAACCACCCCUGAACCAACCACUCCUGAACCAACUACUCCUGAACCAACCACUCCAGAACCAACCACCCCCGAACCAACUACUCCUGAACCAACCACUCCUGAACCAACCACUCCUGAACCAACUACUCCUGAACCAACCACUCCAGAGCCAACGACUCCUCAACCAACCACUCCAGAGCCAACAACUCCAGAGCCAACGACUCCAGAACCAACCACCCCCGAACCAACCACUCCAGAACCAACUACUCCUGAACCAACAACUCCUGAACCAACCACUCCAGAACCAACCACUCCUGAACCAACCACUCCUGAACCAACCACCCCCGAACCAACCACUCCUGAACCAACCACUCCAGAACCAACCACUCCUGAACCAACCACUCCUGAACCAACCACCCCCGAACCAACCACUCCUGAACCAACCACCCCCGAACCAACCACUCCUGAACCAACCACUCCUGAACUAACCACUCCAGAACCAACCACUCCAGAGCCAACCACUCCCGAACCAACCACUCCUGAACCGAUCACUCCAGAACCAACCACCCCUGAACCAACCAGCCCCGAACCAACCACUCCAGAACCAACCACUCCAGAACCAACCACUCCUGAACCAACCACUCCAGAGCCAACCACCCCCGAACCAACCACUCCAGAACCAACUACUCCUGAACCAACUACUCCUGAACCAACCACUCCUGAACCAACCACUCCAGAACCAACCACUCCAGAACCAACCACUCCAGAACCAACCACUCCUGAACCAACCACUCCAGAACCAACUACUCCUGAACCAACCACUCCAGAGCCAACCACUCCCGAACCAACCACUCCUGAACCGAUCACUCCAGAACCAACCACUCCAGAACCAACCACUCCAGAACCAACCACUCCAGAACCAACCACUCCUGAACCAACCACUCCAGAACCAACCACUCCAGAACCAACCACUCCAGAACCAACCACUCCUGAACCAACCACCCCCGAACCAACCACUCCAGAACCAACUACACCUGAACCAACUACUCCUGAACCAACCACUCCUGAACCAACCACUCCAGAACCAACCACUCCAGAACCAACCACUCCAGAACCAACCACUCCUGAACCAACCACUCCAGAACCAACUACUCCUGAACCAACCACUCCAGAGCCAACCACUCCCGAACCAACCACUCCUGAACCAACCACUCCUGAACCAACCACUCCAGAACCAACCACUCCAGAACCAACCACUCCUGAACCAACCACUACUGCAAUUGUUAAGUGUGCUGACGAUUGGGGGGUUGAGUGCACGGAGUAUCCACAGAACAAGUUCGUUUGUAAUCCUGAUAACGAGGACUGGAGACACUGCAUGAAAACGUGUAACCGUUGUUAUGGUAACAUGUAG